AUGAAGCUUUUGAUCCCUUCACACACUCUUCCCUUUUCCUCUCUAUCCCAAACCCAACCCAUGGAACAACAACAAUCUUCACCUACUAACCCUGAUCAAGUUCAUCUUGCCGUUGGUAAAUCGCUUCACAAAACCACUACCUUGCUUCGAUGGACUAUUACUCACUUUCCGAAUGCGGAAAUUGUUAUUCUUCAUGUUUAUCAACCUUCUCCCGUUAUACCUACUUUAUUGGGGAAAAUGCCAGCAUCACAAGCUAAUCCUGAAGUGGUGUCUGCUUUUAGAAGAGAGGAAAGAGAACAGACCAUGAGAUUAACUGAUAAGUAUUUGAGAAUUUGCUUUGCAUCUAAGGUGAAGGCGAGCGUAAUUGUAACGGAAGCCAACCAAGUCCAAAAAGGAAUUGUUGAUUUGGUUGUUAAGCAUAAUAUUACAAAGCUUGUCAUUGGAGCGGAGUCGGAAAAUUGCUUGAAAGUGAAAAGGAAUUCCGGGAAAGCAAAUUACACUUCCAAACAUGCUCCGCUGUUUUGUGAAAUAUGGUUUAUAUAUAAAGGAAGACACAUUUGGACAAGAGAGGCUUCUGAAAAACCAUGUUCUUUGUCUUCAGGCGCUCAACCUGAAAUUGCAGCAACAGAAAGCUUGAGAUUAAGAUCUUCUCAAAAUGGUCAGAACGAAUUACCCCAUUCGGAAUAUAUUCUACCAAAUUCUGCUAGAACAACAGCAUGUUCUGGAAUUAGAAGCUUGGAUCUGGGUGAAAUCAUAGAAACUGAAGCCACUAAUUCAUCCAAAUCGUCCAGUGGUAGCAGUUAUUGUUCUCCGCAAAAUUCUGUUGGGGUUUAUCAGGAUUCAUAUUCAGUGGACAUGCAAGAAAGAAUUAACAGUCAACUUAUUGAAACCGAAAGAGAAGCUGAGGCAGCCACAGAUGAUUUCUUUGCAGAACUAUUAAACUGCAGGAGGUUGGAAAUUGAAGCCAUGGAAGCCAUACAGAAGGUCAAAUUGUUUGAAUCUGCCCAUGCACAUGAGGUGGAGCUCAGGAAAGAGGCUGAGGAUGCACUUAGAGUUACCGUAACAGAACAACAAAAGCUCUUAGAAGAGAGUGAAAAUAUUUCCGGAGAGCUACAAAUGACCAUGAGAAAUGUGGCCCUACUAGAUAGCCGUGCUAAGGAAGCAACCCGUAGGCGAGACGAAGCUGCACACGAGCUCCUGCUAAUUCAAACAUCAAUAUCAACCUUGUGGCAAGAAAGGCAGCAGAUCAGGAGACAAAAAAUGGAAGCCCUCCGCUGGCUGGAACGGUGGAAAAAUCGUGGUCAAAUCGGAGCAGCACAUUACAAUGGGGUCAUUGGAUUUGCCGAAGAACUGCCUGAGUUAGCGGAAUUUUCAUUAUCAGAUAUUGAAAAUGCUACAUGUAAUUUUUCCAAGAGCUUUGAAAUUGCGCAAGGUGGCUUUGGUUGUAUAUAUAAGGGGGAAAUGUUGGGUAGAACUGUUGUUAUAAAGAAGUUCCAUCAACAUAAUGUGCAAGGACCUGCAGAGUUUCAUCAAGAGGUUCAAGUUCUUAGUAGUCUCCAACAUCCUCAUUUAUUGACCUUGCUUGGUGUUUGCCCCAAAGCCUGGUCAAUUGUAUAUGAGUAUCUCCCUAAUGGAACUCUUAAAGACUACCUAUUCCGUAAAAGUAACGUUAUCCCUUUGACAUGGAAUAUCAGAGCACGAAUGAUUUCCGAAAUUUCUAGUGCACUCUGCUUCUUACAUUCUUUUAAGCCGGAAGCUAUUAUCCACGGUUAUCUUAAGCCUGAGACUAUACUUCUUGAUUCUUCACUUAGUUGCAAGCUAUGUGAAUUCAGGUUCAGCAGGCUUGUGACAGAAGAGUCUCUCUAUAGUGCUAGUUUCCACUUGAGCUCAGAGCCAAAGGGUGCUUUCACAUAUACGGAUCCCGAGUUUCAGAGAACUGGGGUAAUGACACCCAAGACUCCAGUUGGAUUAGCAGUUCUAGUUCGCCAUGCAGUUUCAUGUGGAAAAUUGUCUUCAAUUCUUGAUUCUUCAUCUGGAGAAUGGCCUUUAUCUGUAGCAUCACGGUUGGCCGAACUGGGUUUGCAAUGUUGCGCACAAAACCGCAGAAACAGGCCAGAGUUAACACCUGCUCUUGUUAGAGAAUUGGAACAGUUACAUGUUUCAGAAGAGAGACUCGUACCAUCGUUUUUUUUAUGUCCAAUCCUUCAGGAAAUAAUGCAUGAUCCUCAAAUUGCAGCAGAUGGAUUUACAUACGAAGGGGAUGCCAUACGCGAAUGGUUAGAAAAUGGACAUGAUACUUCUCCAAUGACUAAUUUAAAAUUGAUUCACUUGCUUCUCACUCCCAAUCACUCGAUUAGACUUGCCAUCCAAGAUUGGCUCUGCAAGUCAUAA